UUUAUUUGAAGGGAGGAGUCUGAUGUUAGCUGCUUUCAUUUACUUAGGUGUCAUGUUUGUGGAAUUUACUGUAAAUUUGCAGUAUGAAUGGCAUUACGGUCGCGCAUUUUAAUCUUUGUACGUUAUCGAUAGAACAGUGUCGAUAGAUUGCUGGAUACUUUGGACGAAAUAUCGAAUUGGCGGAGCGGAAAGGCGGCGGAACAAAACGUAAACAAACACUCCCAAAAGAACAGCACAGCUUUGCCAGCUUUCUAGUAAACCAGUUACUAAUUCACCCCACGUGCUGAAAGCUAAUCUCCCCGGGAUCUCGGCGUGCAACCAUGUCCACGGCCCUGAAGCAAGUUUUCAACAAAGACAGGACAUUCCGGCCCAAGCGCAAGUUUGAACCCGGCACGCAGCGUUUUGAGCUUCACAAGAAGGCCCAGGCCUCUCUGAACGCCGGCUUGGACCUGAAGCAGGCCGUGCAGCUCCCGCACGGGGAGGACCUCAACGACUGGGUCGCGGUCCACGUGGUCGACUUCUUCAACCGCAUCAACCUCAUCUACGGCACCAUCAGCGACUCGUGCACCGAUCAGACCUGUCCCGUCAUGUCGGGCGGGCCCAAGUACGAAUAUCGCUGGCAGGACGAGCACAAGUACAAGAGGCCCACCGCGCUUUCGGCCCCCAAAUACAUGAGCCUGCUCAUGGACUGGAUCGAGGUGCAGAUAAACAAUGAAAACAUCUUCCCCACCAAUGUCGGUACUCCAUUCCCUAAGACCUUCAUGCAAGUGGCGAAGAAGAUUUUAUCCCGCCUCUUCCGGGUGUUUGUCCACGUCUACAUUCACCACUUUGACCGCGUGAGCCAGAUGGGGGCCGAGGCUCACGUCAAUACCUGCUACAAGCAUUUCUAUUACUUUGUCACAGAGUUCAACCUCACGGACCACAAAGAGCUGGAGCCUCUGAAAGAGAUGACCUCUCGGAUGUGCCACUGAGGAGGCCCAGCUAAUUUGUGGAUGUUCACAAGCCGGACAAUCACAUUCGUCCGUCCGUCCCGUCUAUUGGAGAGAAAAAAAAACUGCAGUUGAGAUUCUAAAUGACAAAUACGUUCAUAAAGAGUUUAUUUUUAUAUUUAAGUACUGUAAUCUAUUUUAGCUACAGACUGUAGAUUUUAACCAAGUUGUAAGUGAAAACAUUUGAUCAAAACAGUUAAUGUUGUUGUUCUUGUUUGAAUUUCAAAUCAUUCCUGCAUGUAUUUGCUCGUCCAAAAUGAAAUGAGUCGGAGUUGUUACUGUACAGUCGUGCUCACCUUGUUGCAUUAAAAGUUUCUACUCGAUUAGAA